AACCUCAUCACGCUGGCCGCAAGCAAAUGUGCGGCCUCCCAACGUCUGGGCCUAGACGCCGAGCGGCCGCACAUUUGCGUUCAAUUAAGAAACACAUGUGCUGAGAGCGCACGCCUUGCGCGCUCCCGGCACACAUGUCCAGUACUCACGGAAAGGUCCCGAUCUCCUCUUUCGAUCGGGACCUUUCCCGAUCAUGUGACAGCAAAUCAUGGCGGUCACAUGACCCUAAAACCCCGUCCAUCCUCCCGGCGU